CGGAGGCAGCGGAGAGCGGAGAGGAGGCGCGAGGGCCCGAGGGCGCGACAGCCAGGGACAGCCGGACCCACCGCGCUCCCGCCGCCGCGCGCACGCAUGGCGCCCGCCGCCCUCUGGGCCGCGCUGACCGUCGGACUGCAGCUCUGGGCCGCGGGGGGCGCCGUGCCCGCCCAGGUUGAAUUACCCCCCUAUAUGCCGAAGCCUGGAAGCUCAUGCCUACUGAAAGAAUACUUCAACCAGAGGACCCAGAUGUGCUGUAGCAAGUGUCCGCCUGGCUACCACGCACAGGUGCUGUGCAACGAGACCUCAAAUACCGUGUGUGCCCGCUGUGAGGACAGCACCUACACCAAGCUCUGGAACUGGGUGCACGAGUGCUUGAGCUGUGGCUCCCGUUGCACCACUGACCAAGUGGAGACUCAAGCCUGCACCCCGGAACAGAACCGCAUCUGCGCCUGCAGGCCGGGCUGGUACUGCACGUUUAGGAGGCAGGAAGGGUGCCGGCUGUGUGCGCCGCAGCGCAAGUGCCUCCCGGGCUUCGGCGUGGCCAAGCCAGGAACCGCCACGUCAGAUGUGGUGUGUGCUCCCUGCGACCCAGGAACGUUCUCCGACACGACGUCAUCCACAGAUACCUGCAGGCCCCACCGGACCUGUGGCUCAGUGGCCAUCCCUGGCAAUGCAACCACAGAUGCCAUCUGCGCGUCUGUGCCUCCCACCCCGAGGGUGGCCCCACGCCCGGCCUCCACGUCCCAGCCAGCAUCUACACAGCCCCAGAAAAUAGAGCCAACUCCAGGGCCUCGCACGGUCCCUAGCACCUCCCUUCUGUUCCCGAUGGGCCCAAGCCCCCCAGCUGAAGGGCUCAGCACGGGCGACGUCUCUCUUCCAAUUGGACUGAUCGUAGGUGUGACAGCCUUGGGUCUGGUGAUCAUAGGGCUGGUGAACUGUGUCAUUAUGACCCAGAAGAAAAAGAAGCCCUUCUGUCUACAAGGAGAAGCCAAAGUGCCUCACCUGCCUGCGGAUAAGGCCCGAGGUGCCCCCGGCCCCGAGCAGCAGCACCUGCUGACCACAGCGCCCAGCUCCAGCAGCAGCUCCCUGGAGAGCUCAGGCAGCGCUGCAGACAGAAGGGUGCCCACCGGGACCCGGCUGCCUGCGCUGGGCACCGAGAAGGCCCCUGGGUCCGGGGAGGCCCGGGCCAGCUCCAGCCACUCAGAGCCUUCCUCUGGCGGCCACGGGACCCAGGUCAAUGUCACAUGCAUCGUGAACGUGUGCAGCGGCUCCGACCAUGGCUCUCAGUGUGCCUCCCAGGCCAGCUACCCGACGGGGGACGUGGAUUCCAGCCCCUCCGGCUCCCCAAAUGAUGAGCAGGUCCCCUUCUCCAAGGAAGAAUGCCCUUUUCAGUCCCAGCCAGGGGCCCCAGAGACUCUGCUGGAGAACCCAGAGGAGAAGCCCCUGCCCCUUGGUGUGCCUGACGCUGGGAUGAAGCCCAGUUAGCCAGACCGACUGGCCUGAGUCGUUCCCUGGUCCUUCCAGGCCCCCACCCCCAGGACUCUGGCUCUUUCUGGGCCAAAUUCCUUUAGUGGUCUUCACAGCCUCAGCCUUCCUCUCACCUGCUGGCAGAAGGGUGAGGCAGGGAGAACCGUGGAAAACCUCUCCUGUGUGGUGGUGCGCAUCCCUCUCAGACGGCUGGCCCGACAUGCACGUCUGGGCGGCCUGGAGCUGCCCCCCCCUCCUCUCAGAGCUGUCCCCCAGCCGGUCCUGCGAAUUUGGCUUCUGGAACCCUUACUUUGUUUUUUAUCCUUGGACAUUACCCAGCUCCGGCUUCCUGGGAGGCCCCAGCAUCCUGCCUUCCAGUGGGGCCUGCUGGGUAAGAGGGACUCUGGGUGAGUCAUCCGCGGAGAAGGGGCGGCGCUUUAGCCCGGGAUGCUGAGACUGCAGGAUGGUCCCAGCGGGGGCGGGGCAUGGGGUGUCACCGAUCAGAUGGUUCUGUUCAGGAGGGGGCGGCAACCCCUGAUGGGGACGGGGGUCCCCCGGCUACCUUGCACCACCUCCAGAUCCAGUGCUGCCAGCUUCACCUCCUGCGCAACCGUGCGAACAUCAGGCACCCAGAGGGCCCAGCCAAGCAACCUGCAUGAGUACUGUCGCUUGGGCAAGAUGGCAAACCUCUAACCAAAACCCUUCCAGUUUCAACAUGGGGCAAUUAAAAAACAAAAAUCAAAAACCAAAACCCCACCAUGCGUGCAAGGACAGAAGGACAAAGCCAAACUCAGAGUUUGCUGUUCUCUGCUUUUGACCUUCACUCCGAUUUACCUACAGCUCCGAUGCAAGGCCACACCUCCUAUCAGGGAAUUUCAGGAACUGGAGAUGACCGAGGCUCCCCGCAGCCAUCUCCCUCCUCCUACCUCAGCCUGGACCUUCCCCUGCCUCCCCGGGAGGUGCUUUUCUUCCGCUCAACCCCCCUUCACUGUUCCUGGAGUCCCAGGCCCCAGGGAAACCCACGGGGCCACUUGGGUAUCGUGCCUGCCAUGAUCUCAAGUGGAUGUGAGAUGCUGAGAGCCAGUUUUGUGUGUGUAUGUGUCUGUCUGUCUGUGUCAUGUGCUGUUGGUCUGUGUAGCCGUGUUGGGUUGAAUGGCCUACCGGAAGCAGCUGAAACCAACAGUUUUUGGUGUUUUUUUUUUUUUUUGGUCAAAGGAUUCUUUUCCAUUAAAAAGUCAGUCUGCUUCCCCCAAACACAUGCCCCAGAGCCCUGCAGAGCAUGGACCUGUGUGGCCUUGACCCAAUUCUGGAAGCAAGAGGGGACUCCUGGAGAAGCCAGUUGGGUCCCAGGUACUUGGAUCCCUUAUUGAAAAAUUCCACUGGACUUGAACUUGGCAGCUGAACUUUCGGAGGGUAGGAGAGUCCAGUCAUUACCAUGAUGAGAAACUAACGGCUUCCCAGAAAAUCAGGAUUCCCCUGGAGUCAGGAUUUCCUACCGCCUGGACUGGCCAGGGUCUCUGCCCACAUUGGACGAUGGGUGGUGAUGGAGCAUGUCUGCCCCCUGGUGGACCACCCUGGUAGGACCUCAGGCCUCACUGCCAUCUCCCGGGGAAGCUCUGAAUUGGAAGGAGACCGUUUCUGGGUGUGUGGCCCCAGUUCCUAGGCUUGCGUGGAUCCCAAGACAAGAGUUGCACUGUAUACUGGAUGGCACACCUGCUUAGAAAUAAACGUUUUGUUUCUUACA